AUGGGCAGGCCAUCAUCCACCGUUGAAAUCCCCGACAGACGAUAUAUUCCUGACCGCCAAAACAGCCGUUUCACACCCGAAUCCGACGCCUCCCCUGACUACCGUCGCCGCCGUGACCGUCGUAGUCCCUCUUAUCAAAGCUACGAUGACCGGCAUCGCGAAAUCGAUCGCGGCCGACGCCAUCGUUCUAGCUCACCCGAUUACUCAAGAAGCCCUAGAAGAAGAAGAACAAGAAGAAGCCCAAGCCCUAGGUACAGAGAAACCCUAGAUCAUUCUCUCCCAAAAAAAUUCGGUAAGGGCCGGUCCUUUCUCGAUAGGAAUGGUAGGGAAUCCGAGGAAGAAUCCGACGAGGAAUUGAAGGGAUUGAGUUUUGAGGAGAGGAGGAGGCUGAAGAGGCAAAAGAUGAGGAAGUCUAUGAGAUAUUGUAUCUGGAAUGCUACGCCAAGUCCUCCGAGAGUGGAUGAUGAGGAGGAAUUUGAGGAGAAAGCUGAUGAGAUAGAGGAGAAGUAUGGAGAGGAUGGCGAAAAGAAUGAAGAUUCGAGUGGAAAAGGGAAGGAAAAAGGAAAUAAUGCGAAGGGGAAAUCGAAGUCGGACAGUCCUGGGAGUAGCGAGUCUGAGUCUGAGUCAGAUGAUUCGAGGGAGAAAAGAAAGAGGAGGAGAUCUAGUUCGAAGCGUAGGGGGAGGAAUAUUGAUAGUGAUAUUGAAUCAGAUGCGAGUGAGAGCGAAAGUGAUAGUGAAUCCGAUUCUGAAGAAGAUCGGAGAAGGAGAAAGAAGUCGCGGAAGAUUAGUAGGCGGAGCAAGAGUAGUAAGAGAAGUAGUAGGAGAAUAAAGAGUAGAAGGAAGAAGAGUAGGUAUAGUGAUACUGAUGAUAGUGGGAGUGAGGAGUCUGACUCUGAUGAUGAUCGUGUAAAGUCUAAGAAGGGGAGACGUUCUUCAGGUUCUCGACCUAAGAAGAACAGCAGGUCUGAAACAGAGAGAGAGAAUCUGGAUUCCCAUGAGAGUUCUGGUUCGGAGAAAAGCAAAGUAAAUGAUGAUGAGGGUAACGAGGCUGAAAUUGAUGCUGAGGCAUUGAUGUUUAAAGAAAUGAUUGAGGCACAAAAGAAACCUGCUUUGGAUAGUGAGCCUGUGGUUGGGCCGAUGCCCUUGCCUAGAGCUGAAGGGCAUAUUAGUUAUGGUGGAGCUUUGAGGCCUGGUGAAGGUGAUGCUAUUGCACAGUAUGUGCAGCAAGGGAAACGUAUUCCACGUAGAGGUGAAGUGGGUCUUUCUGCGGAGGAGAUUCAGAAGUUUGAGACUCUUGGGUAUGUGAUGAGUGGUAGUAGGCAUCAGAGGAUGAAUGCCAUUCGUAUUAGGAAAGAAAACCAAGUUUACAGUGCUGAGGAUAAGCGGGCGCUGGCCAUGUUUAACUAUGAAGAGAAGGCGAAACGUGAGCACAAGGUUAUGGCUGAUUUGCAGCGGCUGGUGCAGCGCCAUAUUGGGCAGGAUGUUGGUCCUAGUCACGAUCCUUUUGCUGCAAAAGCAACUGAUGGUGCUGAUGCUUAG